CCGGUAAUGCCGAAGGCAUGCACCACCACUGUAUCCUCUUCGAGAAGUACCAUCCUGGGUACUUUGGUAAAGUCGGUAUGCGGUACUUCCACAAGCUCCGCAACAAGUUCUUCUGCCCCACAGUCAACAUCGACAAGCUCUGGUCAAUGGUGCCGCAGGAAGUGAAGGACAAGGCGUCCAAGGACAACGCGCCGUUGAUUGAUGUGACGCAGUUUGGUUACUUUAAGGUUCUGGGUAAGGGUUCGCUCCCCGCCGACCACCCUGUUGUGGUGAAGGCCAAGCUCGUGUCGAAGAGUGCCGAGAAGAAUAUUAAGGAGACUGGUGGCGCUGUCAUGCUCACUGCCUAAUUAGGUUUUUCUUCUUUUUUGUUUAAUUACUGAUUUUGGUGUUAAGAUGUGGACUUUUGUCAUUGCUAGAAGCCCUUUUAUCGAAGAACUCUUGAUAUAUUUUUAUAAACGUUUUCAAUUAAGCGGAUUUGUUCCUAUUAUGUUCAAGUGGUU